GCUUCAAGUAACCAAGUUCUUGCUCGAGUAGAUUCACUUCGCCACUCCGUUGCCACCGCCGCCGCCGCCGCCGGCCGCCCGAUCCUUUCCCGUCUGAGAUGGCAUCCCCGGCACCGGCGUCGCUUAAGGACACCGUGGGCAGCCUCGACCGCGACGGCUUCGUCGGCCUCCUCUCCAAGCUGAUCGGCGAGACCGCGCACCUGCAGAACGACCCGCCGACCCACAGGCCUCAGGAGGAGCGCGUGGCGCAGCACGUCGUCGACGUGCUCCGCCCGGUGUCCGCGGACACCGGGGGCGGCCCUCUCCUCGUGCGGAAGAUCAGCUACGUCGAGGGCAGGAGCAACGUCAUCGUCGAGUACCCCGGCACCGUCCCCGGCCGCGUUGUCUCCUUCGUCGGCAUGCACAUGGAUGUCGUCCCUGCCAACGCCAGCGAGUGGGACUUUGAUCCUUUCUCACUAACCUUUGAUAGCGAGGAUAAGGACAAGCUUUGCGGACGUGGGACAACUGACUGUCUUGGACAUGUUGCACUGGUGGCUCAGCUAAUGCGGCGGCUUGGUGAGGUCAAGCCACCCUUGAAGCAUUCUGUCAUCGCUGUGUUUAUUGCCAACGAGGAGAACUCAUCUGUCACUGGCAUUGGUGUUGAUGGCCUCGUGAAGGAUGGAUUGCUUGACAAGCUCAAGACAGGACCCUUGUUUUGGAUAGAUACAGCUGAUAAGCAGCCGUGCAUCGGCACUGGUGGAAUGAUUCCAUGGCAUCUCAUGGCAACAGGGAAGCUGUUCCACAGUGGCCUUGCACAUAAGGCCAUAAAUGCAAUGGAGAUGAACAUGGAAGCGCUGAAAGUAAUCCAAAAACGGUUUUACACUGACUUCCCUCCACACGAGAAAGAGAAGCUCUAUAAGUUUGCUACUCCAUCGACAAUGAAGCCAACUAAAUGGAGCUAUCCAGGUGGGGGGCUUAAUCAAAUUCCCGGGGAAUGCACAAUUUCAGGGGAUGUAAGGUUGACUCCUUUCUAUAGCACUUCUCAUGUCAUAGAGAAGUUGAAGGAAUAUGUAGAGGACAUCAAUCAGAGAUUUGAGACAAUACUUGAUACUCGUGGUCCUGUGUCCAAAUAUAUUCUUCCUGAUGAAAAUCUACAAGGAAGGCUUGAAAUCACUUUUGAUGGAGAUGUGAUGAAUGGGGUGGCUUGCAAUCUGGAGUCUCGAGGCUAUCAUGCAUUAUGCAAAGCAACCAAGGAAAUAGUUGGCCAAGUGGAGCCAUAUUCCAUCACCGGGAGUCUACCUCUGAUUCGGGAAUUACAGGAUGAAGGAUUUGAUGUUCAAACAGCUGGAUAUGGCUUACUGAAGACGUACCAUGCGAAGAAUGAGUACUGCCUGUUUUCAGACAUGGCCCAGGGCUUUGAGGUGUUUCUGAGCAUCAUUUCACAACUGGAAGAAGAGGUCUGAGCCUUCUUGCUGGGAUAGACCAAUACCUCCAAUUUAAAUUACUCGUUGCUCAGUGAUAUCUGUUUGUAACUCUUAUCAAGAGGCCGCGACACGGACAUCUAACAAUAAGAUUAGUUGGCCUUCGAGCGUCUGUUUCACGUUGAGACUGGAGACAUUUCACCUUUGUGCAAUUGUUCUGCAACUCUACGGUAGCUGCAAGAGAGGUGGGCGUUUGGACUUCAUGUCUAUACCAGUCCCUAUGACCUAAAGAAAGUCAAUUCUAUUUUUUCCCUAGUCAAAUCAUGAUAAAUUUUAUUGAAAUUAGAAUAA